GAAGGUCACCUUAGGAAAUGCUACUGUGAGUUCUGUCAGUUCAGUCAGUAGUAAACCGGCGUGCCGGCUGGAAGUUUAUUUGAGCUCUCGUUGUCGGUCUGCAACAGCUUUGACGGUCUAUCUUCAUUGAGAUUACGAGAAAUAUAUAUUUAAAAGAAAAAUGACGUCGUUAAAUGAAAAAUUAUUGAGCACCGUUGUGGAACCCACCUCGAAUGGAAAAAAUAAAGUUACAGUAGUGGGUGUUGGCCAGGUCGGAAUGGCAUGUGCCUUUAGUAUUUUGACAAAUAAUGUGUCGAAUGAUCUUGUCCUCGUCGAUGUGAUGGCAGACAAGCUAAAAGGAGAAAUGAUGGAUCUGCAACACGGUAGUGCGUUUUUGAAGAACGCAAGGAUCAAUGCCAGUACGGACUAUGCGGCUACAGCGAAUUCAACUCUAUGUAUCGUGACUGCGGGUGCUCGUCAACGAGAAGGCGAAACCAGGCUCGAUCUUGUUCAAAGGAACACCGACAUCUUCAAGGGGAUCAUUCCUCAGCUGGUCAAAUAUAGUCCGAAUACGAUCUUACUGAUUGUAUCUAAUCCCGUUGACAUAUUGACUUAUGUCGCAUGGAAAUUAUCUGGUUUGCCGGAGAAUCGGGUUAUUGGUAGCGGCACCAAUUUGGAUUCCACCCGUUUUCGCUUCUUACUUUCUCAAAAACUCAACGUAGCGCCGACCUCUUGUCAUGCCUGGGUAAUUGGAGAACAUGGUGAUAGUAGCGUGCCACUUUGGUCCAGCGUAAACGUUGCCGGUGUACGUUUCCGCGAUCUUAAACCUGACAUCGGUACUAGCAAAGACGAAGAACAUUGGGAUGAAUUACAUAAACAGGUCGUUGAAAGUGCAUAUGAGGUCAUCAAGCUCAAAGGUUAUACUUCCUGGGCAAUCGGACUUAACGUAUCGAGUCUUGCAGCAACGAUACUGCGAAACACUCAUCAAGUUCAUGCCGUUACCGUCAAACUUACCGGUCAUCAUGGUAUUACCGAGGACGUUUUCUUAUCUCUACCGUCUAUGUUGGGGGAAAACGGUGUCACGUCAAUUGUUAAUCAAAUAUUGACGGAUGAAGAGCGGGAGCUACUUCAAAAAUCAGCCAAUACAAUACAUGAAGUCCAGAAAAAUCUGAAGCUUUAAACUACAGACAGUAAUGCGUUCUACUUUACAUUUUUUUUUGCCCUUUAUAUGUCGUAUGUCUGUUCAAUGUAUAUUUAUUUUAUUCGAACAUUAAUUAUUCUGUUCUUGC